AGAAUAAAUGGUUGCUUUUGAAAUUCAUAGCAAAAAAACAUUUCCAAAAUGGAAUAAUGGUUAAUGAAAAUAAGUUAGUCAAAGGAGUUAUCCAACGUUGUUGGAUGUAUACAUAUUUUUUGAAGAAUCAACUCUAUCAGCUCGAUAGCCCAUAUUCGAAUCAAUGAUCAGUAUAUUCCGCAUCUGAGCGUGUGUAACGUAAUAGUGACGUCACGAGAUCUGGUCCAAAACAAACAAAAUGGCGGCGCGCUUGAGAUCGGUUCUUCCUCAGUUGUCACGGUUUUCAGCGGUAUCAACCAACUCAUACCACACGCAAUGCUCCGGUCAGAGAAAAUUCAAUUUGCUGCACGUGACAGCAGUCAAACACUUUUCACUGCGACAAUUGUCCGUCCAGACACAAGAUACCCCAAAUCCGAGAAGCUUAAAGUUUCUCCCUGGUAAACCUGUUCUUGGAUCCGGAACCCUGGAUUUUCCUUCUCCAAGCUCUGCAGAAUGCUCCUCUUUAGCCAGGGAUCUCUUUGAAAUCGAAGGAGUAAAGAGUGUUUUCUUUGGGCCAGACUUCAUAACUGUUACAAAGAUGGAUGAUGACGUGGAAUGGACAGACAUUAAGCGGUAUUCCUUGGAUGCAAUUGUGAAAUUCUUUGAAAGUGGCACUCCUAUUACCACAGGAGCAGUGAACAAUGAGAGCAGUUUCUCUGAAGACGAUGAUGAGGUUGUUGCCAUUAUAAAGGAGCUUCUAGACAACCGGAUUAGGCCAACAGUGCAGGAGGACGGCGGUGAUAUCAUCUAUAAGGGCUUCGAAGACGGCAUAGUCAAAGUAAAGUUGGUGGGUUCCUGCACUGGGUGCCCAAGUUCUACAGUCACUUUGAAGAACGGCAUCCAGAAUAUGAUGCAGUUCUACAUUCCAGAGGUGGUCGCCGUUGAACAGGUGGAGGAUGAAGUUGAUGAAGUCAAUGCUAAAGUGUUCUCUGAACUGGAACGCAAGUUACAAGAUUAGGCCCGCCCUUCACCCAACAUACCUGUGAACCCUAUGUUUAUGAAGGAAAAUAGCUUUCACUUUAAAACAAAGCUGGUUGCAUUGUGCUUUUUGCUAAUGUACUUUGGUGAUUGUAUAGAAUAUGGAAAUAUGUUUAUACUGUUGGCGCUGAAGUUGUAUCAGAUUUAGAACAAACGGCCACAUCCGUAUUUAUUCCUUAGUUAAAAGGUAUAUGUAAUGCUGUUCUGUAACCUAUCUGAGCACACACUGUGCUCCUCUAUACAGCACCUACUGUACAGUGAUCCACUGUACUCUGCUCACUUAUCAGACAGCUAAGGAUUCUACAUAAACACUGUAUUGACAAAAUAACCAUUGAACUGAAUUCAAAUUGCUGGUAUUAUUUGUAGUUUGGAGCUCUAUAAUGUACCAUAUUAUGAAUAAAUGUUCUUGCUGGAAUCAAAUCUAAA